AUGGAUAAGGCUCAGCCUCGAGCUAAGACAGAGAACGAGGCUCCUGCCAGAUAUCAGCAAAUCCUUGAUGAUUGGGAAGGGCGCCCAGUGAUCAAGACGUAUGCAAGUGGCAGCAAAUUCUGCGUAGGUGACAAGAUCUACAUCUCUGAAGGUCGCACAUUACGAGGCCCUUUCCUUGUUGCCAGUGUGCCAAACGUUGGGAGGUAUACAAUCAGCAAGGAAGACGGUACUAAGCUAGACGAAGGAAAGGUCUAUGAGGAGGAUAAGCUUGAAUCUGCGGAAUAG